GUCAAUCUUAUAAUGCGAGUUGCCAAGUUAUUCAAUUUUCUACUCUUGUGAGCAUUUUCCCCUCAACUUCUCUCAUAGCCGCCGGUAACCCCUGCUCCGCUAUACCAACCACCCUGCUGCCGCCAUUCUGAAUUCUUCUACUGUCUAAAUUGUUGCGAUUUAUACUUCACGGAAAAGAGGUUGCGCUUCUUUAAAUUGGAGUUGGUGAUGCUUCUGCGAAAAUUUCCUACUACAUUUUCUCUUUCUAAAAGAUUCUUAUCAACUAAGAACACUCAUGACCUUGCCUCCUCCAUUGCGGAGUUCAAUAAGGAACUGGAAGACAUAUUUGGUGAACCUCCUUCAUCAGCAGGCCCUUUAGGUUCAAGUGGUUCUGGAGAUGUAACUCAAGAUACUCGGUUUUCAACUUCUGAAAUAUCUGAAAAAGUAUGUGGACUAACCCAUAUUGGAAAGCAAGGGGAGGCACAAAUGGUGGAUGUCUCUCCCAAACAAAACACCAAAAGAACGGCAGUUGCCAGUGGCAAAGUUGUAUUGGGAAAGGAGGUGUUUGAUUUGGUGUCAGCAAACCAAUUAGCCAAGGGAGAUGUGCUUAGUGUGGCCAAAAUUGCAGGAAUUACAGGAGCAAAGCAAACUAGCAACCUUAUCCCACUUUGCCAUAACAUUAGCCUGUCACAUGUGGAUGUUGAUUUGACUUUAAAUCACCGGGAUUACAGUGUCAAUAUCCACGGACAAGCCUCAACAACGGGAAAGACUGGGGUCGAGAUGGAAGCUCUGACUGCUGUCAGCAUUGCUGGGCUAACCAUUUAUGAUAUGUGCAAGGCUGCCUCAAAAAAUAUUGAAAUAUCAAAUGUGAGGCUCGAGCUUAAAACUGGAGGGAAGAGUGGGGAUUGGUCCAGGGAGAAGUAAUGCUGUUCAACAACUAGUGGCAGGGACCAUGAGCUCUUUCUUAUCUUGAUCUACUGCAGUAUUCCUAGGAUGCUUCACUGCCAAUGAGAUAAGUAAAUUUGUCCCAUUUAAGAGCACCUACAUUAAGUUUUUUCUGCAUUUGAGGGGACCAAAGACCAAUUGUCUUGUGUAAUAUUGCCUACUCUCUCGGUCACUGUCUAGGAUUAUGAAAAAGGGGUGUUGGUAUUCUAUUUGGUCACUAAAGACCUCGUUACAAAUCACACUUUGUACAACUUUAUGCUUUACUGUAUUUUUUACAACAAUCCAUCACCUAGUAGUCUAUCAUUAUUACUCUAAGGAGCAAUAUUUCAAGCUUUAGGACUAUGUAUUUACAAUAGGAUGCUUCGUAUUGCUAUAUAGCAGUGUGAAAUGGGGAAAUUUAUGGCAAAAAACACUAACCAUGUGUCGCACAAUGUUAUGCAAUAUUUGGGUUUGUAUCUUACUACGGAGUACUAGUUAUACCUUUCUAAGUUUCUAUUCUUAGUCGGGAGGUCAGGAUUACAUAUACGGAGUGCCUAUAUAAUUUAAGAAUAUUUAUAAUGGCAAAAUCAUCCAAACAUGUUCUGUUAAAAUUUUCAGAUAUCAUGUCUCUUUUGCUAGCCUCAGCCCCUGACGCCGUAAUUAGCUCUGAGAUUGAUGAAGUGGUGAUUUUAUUCCACUUACAUUGCAUCAUUAUUUUUCCAAUCUUUGGCUAAUAGUGCCAAUUACUCAUGGCCGUCGGAUUUAGAUGGAUCCUACUGUGAUUGCUCCACGUAGACGACAUGCUUGAUAUAGUGCCUGAAAAUAGGAUUCUAUUUUCCACUCGAUAAGUAGUUGUUGUCACUGUGAUCUACAGCUAAAAGCAACUCUGGGAAAUUUUGGAAUGCUGCCCUUUCCCCCAAAUAAUAGACACUUCUUAGCCUGCCACGUAGAAUUAUUAUAGUAAUAACCCUAUUUAUGCUUAAUUAUGAGUUUUACAAGAUAUACACUCAUUACUUUACAUACAGCGAGCAAGUUUUAAAAAGUUACGUAGGAAGACCAAAUAGAGAUGAAGGGAGUAAUAUUAUGUAUUACCAUCUAAGUAUUUUUUCAGGCGGGUAAUAUUCCGUGACCGUUUCUUUGUACUCGUAAAUUACAACUCUAUGUAAUGCAUAUUACGCAUGGCCGCAUGGGACAUCUUCUUUCUUGUUGAUAGGAAAAAAAAGGAAUAGGGAAAACUUUAGCUCAAUGUCCUCAUAACUUUAGCCUUUACUGGUGGCAAGUGGUGACCUUACAACUUUAAUCAAUGAGAACAUGCUAAAGAUGCUACCUUCAAGUUCUUUUGCUUCAUCACCUCGUAUAUCCCACAUAUAUCGACCUACUUGGCUUCUUCAAAUCUGUAAUGGUUACAUAUCAUGCCAUUUUCAUGACAUUGUCUUUAAUUUUAAUGUCGUCUUUAUGUGAAUAUUCAAUAAUUUCAGGCUUGAAAAAUAUUGUGAUUCUACUUCUUAUACUCCUUUAUGUGAGGUUUUUUUUUUCCUACAUACAUUUAUUAUUGUAAGAAGCGAAAAAGUGUAACACAAACAGUAAAGUCUAGCUGGGGUAAUCUUAGGCCUGUUCUAAUAGGAUUAUUUUCAGUUCGUUCAGCUUAGCUUUAAUAAGUUCAGUUCAGCUCUAAUAAGUUCAGUUUAAUUCUGUUCAGUUCAUCUUCU